AUGGGGAAUUGCCAGGCAGCGGAUGCGGCAGCGGUGGUGAUCCAGUACCCGGGCGGGAAAGUGGAGAGGCUACACUGGCCGACGACCGCUGCCAAUGUCAUGAAGAGCAACCCAGGGUACCACGUGGCCCUCGUAACCCUCGACGUCCCGCCAAAUGAGAGACAGGAUGGCGGCGUUGGGAUCCGGAUUACCCGGGUGAAGUUGCUCAAGCCUAAGGAAAUGCUUCUGCUCGGCCAAGUUUACCGGCUGAUCGCCUCUCAAGAAGUCGCAAAAGCUCUGAGGCAAAGGCAAUAUGAGAAGCUGAAGAAAAGCCAGAAAGAAAUGAUUAUGAAACAGAAACAGCAGCAGAAGCAGAACGGAGAUGAAGCACAGGAGGAUGCAGAAAGAAACCAUGAGGUAACAAGACAAGAACAAGAUCCACUGAAGAACACACAGACGACAAUGAGAGGCAGACAAUGGCGUCCUUCGCUCCAGAGCAUCUCAGAAAUGUCAGGCUAGUUGUGCAACAGUUUACAAAACAUAAAAUGAAAUCUUGACAGAAUUCAAAGAUA